AAGAAGAAGAAGAAGUUGUCACGUUUGUAAUCAUGGCGUCCUCCAUUGCAACGAGAGGCAACGUGAUAACGCUUUAAAAUGAGAAACUUUCUGUUUAUUUGGACAACCAACAUUGGUAUCAUCUAAUUUAAACGCGUCAGUCUUAAGAACUAACCCUCCGGCAGUCCCGGACCUUUAACAUUAAAAGACAGAGUAUCUCUUGAUCAGCACUGAAAUGGCUUCAUUUAAACCUACGAAGAUCCAAGUCUAUCCUAAACUUGGAGAGAAAGUCACACAAGACACACUGUACUGGAAAAACUAUAAGGCUCCGGUCCAGAUAAAAGAAUUUGGAGCAAUCACAAACAUAGACUUCUCCCCAGUGGCUCCACAUAACUUUGCUGUGACAGCCUUCACUAGAGUCCACAUUUACGGGCCAUUCUCCCAGGAGCCUGUGAAGACAUUUACGCGGUUUAAGGACACUGCAUACAGUGGGAGGUUCAGGUCAGAUGGGCAGUUAUUCGUGGCUGGAUGUGAGGACUCUGUGGUACGGCUGUUUGAUGUCAGCGGGAAGGUGGCACUCAGGAUGUUCAAGGGGCACACAAAGGCUGUACACGUAACAGACUUCACCUCAGACCGUUACCAGAUCCUCACAGGGUCAGACGACUACACCUGUCGACUGUGGGACAUCCCGAAUGCCACUGAGCUCACCACCUACCAAGAACACACAGAUUACAUUCGUUGUGGCGUCACAAGCAAACUCAACAGAGAUCUCUUCAUUACUGGAUCUUAUGACCAUACACUGAAAGUGUUUGAUGCCAGAGCUGAUAAGAGUGUGAUGACCAUGGACCACGGCCAGCCAGUGGAGAGUCUGCUUCUUUAUCCUUCUGAGGGACUUCUUAUCUCUGCAGGCGGGCGCUAUGUGAAAGUGUGGGAUCUGCUAAAAGGAGGGCAGCCUCUGGUGUCGCUGAAGAACCAUCACAAAACUGUCACCUGUUUGUGUCUCAGCAGCAAUGGACAGAGACUGCUGUCAGCUUCUUUGGACAGGCAUGUGAAGGUGUACAACACAACCAACUAUAAAGUGGUCCACAACUUUGACUACGCUGCCUCCAUCCUCAGUCUGGCAUUAGCUCCGGAUGAUGAGUCCAUUGUUGUGGGUAUGACCAACGGCAUUCUGAGUAUCAAACACAGGAAAAGCCUUGAAGAGUCAAAGGAAAUCUCUGGCCAACAGAAGCGGCGACCAUCAUAUCGUGUUUUUGUGAAGGGGAAGAACUACGUCCCUAAACAGGAUGAUUAUCUCGUCAGUAAGCCAGUGAAACAGCACUUGGCCAAAUACGACAAGCAGCUCAAGAAGUUUAAUGUAUCGAAGGCUUUGGAUACAGCACUGGAGACAUGGAUGAGACAGAGAAAGCCAGAGAUCACAGUUGCUGUUAUAAAGGAGCUGGAUCGACGAGGAACGUUGAAGAAUGCUCUGGCAGGAAGGGAUGAACAGGGUCUCUCUCACUUGCUCAACUUCCUCAUAGGGAACAUGGUUGACCCCAGGUUUGCGCCUGUCCUCGUAACAGCGGCUGACAUGAUCCUGGACAUCUAUCAGUCAGUGAUCGGCCAAUCACCAGUCGUGGACCGACAGCUGCUGCGUCUGCAGGAGCUGCUGGAGAGAGAGAUCGACUACCAGCAGGACCUCGUGGAGGUGCUGGGCAUGUUGGACACAAUGUUCGCCUCCUCCCUCCCUAGGAAGGAAGUGCCAUGCUCUGGCAUCAGUAGAUCUAAUGGCCUGACUCAGGGAGAAGCAAGUACCACAAGACCACAGAUUCAGGCCACCUGAGGCUUGAAAGGGGGGAAAAACUGCUUUAGACUGAGUUAGUGCCUUUACAACUCCAAAAACCUCUUUUUGAAACUUCCGACAGAAAUUUCCUGUCGCGACUACAUGUCAGACUUCACCAAACAAACAUUUUGGUACAGGUUUUAAGAGACUCACUCUGGUGUUUAUAUCUCAGCGUGACUGAAAACACAACAGGCAACAAAGAGAACAUGCAUUUACUGUAUGAAGAACCUUAUGUGUGAAUGUAAAUGUUGGUUUUAUUGGAAGUCUUGUAAUUACACUCGUGUGUGUGUGUGUGUGUGUGUGGGUGAGCCAUGUCUGCUUUGUGUUUUCCUAAUAUUUGGCAUUGACAAAUGUUUUAUAAGCAGAUUAAAAUAAAUAUUUGUAAUAUUGAAACUCAA